AUGGCCGCAGCUUUUUCUUUCUCUCUUGCCUCCAUAGCAGCCCCAUCAAAUUCCUUGAAAUUAUCACAAAAAUCACUUUGCAACCACAAUUCAUUUCAUUCUCUAUCUUCCCUCUCCAACCGCAACCUAAUUCAUAAGCCACUUCACCUUCAUGUAGGUCGGUCUAAGAAGGUUUUAUCGGUGUCUGAAGAGAAUCCUUCGUUUUCUUGUAAAGUUGGUACCUCAUUUAGUAAGAAGGAGAAAAUCUCUCCAGCUGUCCAAGAAAAAGAAUUACAAUUUGAAGCUCAUUGUUAUGUUUCUGCGACUGGAAAGUCUAUGCAAUCCGCACCAGAAUCCGGGAUGAUUUCUUCGAUUACCAAGAAGAUAGGAGAUACGUUUGGUACCUUUUUGGCUGGUGGUGGAACAGCUAAAAGGGUUUUGGCGCCAGGUGAAAAGGAACCUUUAACUUCCCUUAAUUGUCAGACCUCUGUUUUUAAGGAGGAGAAGAUCACUCUCGGUGGACAAGAUGAGUACAUUGUGAGAGGAGGACGGGAUUUGUUUCACUUGUUGCCUGAUGCAUUCAAAGGGAUUAAGCAGAUCGGUGUCAUUGUUUGGGGUUCCCAGCUCCUCAUUCAUUAUAAGGGUGCUGCCCAAGCUCAGAACUUAAGGGAUUCUCUUGCUGAAGCCAAGUCUGACAUAAAAGUCAAGCGAGUUGCUUGGACGUUGAUGAUUAAUUUCUCCUGUCUGAAUAUGAUACAGAUUGGCCUCAGGACUGGCUCUUGUUCUUUUGCCGAAGCACGUGCUUGUGGUUUUACCGAAGAGAAUGACACUUUAGGUGAUAUUUGUGAUACUGUUUCAGGAAGCGAUCUAGUGCUGCCAUUGAUUUCUGAUGCAGCACAGCAGGCAGAUGACUACAAAAAGGUUCUCUCCCACAUGAAGCCAAACAGCAUCCUUGGGCUUUCCGAUGGAUUUCAUCUUGGGCAUUUGCAGUCAAUGAAACUUGAUUUUCCAAAGAAUAUUGGUGUGAUUACUGUUUGCCCUAAGGGAAUAGGUCCCGUAAGGAGACUCUAUGUUCAAGGAAAAGAGAUCAAUGGUGCUGGAAUUAAUUCUAGUUUUGCAGUCCACCAGGAUAUCGAUGGUAGAGCCACAGAUGUUGCCUUGGCAUUGUCAGUGGCCAUUGGUUCGCUUGUCACAUUUGCCACUACACUAGAGCAGGAAUACAAGAGUGAUAUCUUGAGGGAGCAGGGUGAGUGUAGUUCCCUAAAUUUUAUUUCUGCACCUGCUGCUUGA